CAGCAGCCCAGGGAGCCCUGACCCAUCAUGGAUGCUGUGGACGCCACCAUGGAGAAGCUCCGGGCCCAGUGCCUGUCCCGAGGGGCUUCGGGCAUCCAGGGUCUGGCCAGGUUUUUCCGCCACAUGGACCGGGACAGGAGCCGGUCCCUGGAUGCAGGGGAGCUCCAGCGGGGCCUGGCUGAGCUGGGGCUGGUGCUGGACACGGCCGAGGCGCAGGGCGUGUGCAGGCGCUGGGACCGUGACGGCAGUGGGACGCUGGACCUGGAGGAGUUCCUGCGGGCACUGCGGCCCCCCAUGUCCCAGGUCCGGGAGGCAGUCAUCACAGCCGCAUUCGCCAAGCUGGACCGCAGCGGGGACGGCGUGGUGACUGUGGAUGACCUCCGGGGGGUGUACAGCGGCCGCGCCCACCCCAGGGUGCGGAGCGGGGAGUGGACGGAGGAGGAGGUGCUCCGCCGCUUCCUGGCCAACUUUGACUCCUCCGAGAAGGACGGGCAGGUCACGCUGGCCGAGUUCCAGGACUACUACAGUGGCGUGAGCGCCUCUGUGGACACGGAUGAGGAGUUUGUGGCCAUGAUGACCAGCGCCUGGCGGCUGUGAGCGG